CAAAUUGCGUUACUCUUUAACCUAAAUAAACUCAGGUGAUAAAUAAUAUUUUUCUCGUGUGUGCCCCUGGUCCUCGCUGGCUCGUUCUCUCCUGAUUACCCCACAUAGGCCAUUUUAAAAAAGAACACCCACGCUCCCCUCCUGGCUUCAAAAACUUAUACAACCAAACUAUUUACAAACUACUGAUGAACUGACGAAUGGCGACUACUACUACAACUAAACGCAAAAAGAAAUUGGUGUAUCGUCAAGAUCCCGAUGGAGUGUUUCGACUAAAGAAGGAAAACGAUACCCAAUCAAUUCAUUCGGAAUCCACGGUCGAGAAAGCCGAGCAUGUCGAUCGCAUAUUGAAUGAAUUGAUGGAGUGUUCCUACAAAGUGCUAGAUGAACCGGAACCGACACCAAAACCAAAACCAAAACCAAAAUCAACACCAGCACCUGCACCUGCACCCGCACCAACGAAAACUAAACCAAAGCUCAAUAUCAAAACGCACAAGUUAACCAAGGACAUUGCACCCGUGAUACACAAGGAAAGAUCACUUUCGCCCACGGCGCACUCGUCACAUACAUCAUCCCUCUCUUCGAGACGAUCAUCGUCGAAAUCAUUGGAUACAGUGUUGACCACACCGGGCGACGCGCUGGAAUUGGAACUGAAACCUGCCGAGCCCGCGCAGGACGACGAGGCAAAAACAAAACAAGAAACACCCAAACCGGAAAAGAAAAGCGUGUUUACUAAAGCACGCAAUCUCGCCUCAUCGAUGAAAAGUACUGCUGUAUACCUUGCCCGAUUCCAUGUCCCGAGCUAUGUACUCGGGAUGGCGACCACUGCUGUAGCGGUACGAUACCGGGAGCACCUCGUCAGAUUUGUCAUAUUUGCAAUAAUUCUUGGUGUUGUGGGAGUUGUUGCAGGCAUUGGAACGCUUAUACUCCUCUGGUAUUUCGAGAAACUUGGCCUUUUAAAAGGAUAUAAUAAUGGCCUUGACAAGGUGAUUGGAAAAUUACAAGAAUUUGACUCGCCCCGGGCCAAUGCGAGUUCUCGUGAUUCAGGAAACGAAAACACCAAGGAGAAGAAAAAGGACAACGACAAGGACAAAACCGAAGUAGAAACAAGAGAAAUGGUCGACGACGAAGACACAGAAGAAGAAGAAGUAGAAGAGGAAGAGGAAGAGGAAGAAGAACAAGCCAAUUUCGAUAUGCUUUCAGGAGUGCCAGAAGAAGAGGAAGAUACCAUGUCUUUGGUAGAGACUAAACCAGAACCAAAAGAAGACGAGAAGAAGAAGGCCCGAAGAUUGUCGCAAAUCAGGGUGACUCCAUUCAGAUAUGAUCGUAGACACAGUGAAUAUCCCACAGGAGGGAGUGCCCCGAAUCUAGUAGGCAUGAGUGCAAACCACACUUCUCGAAUUCCCACCAUAAAACGAAUCAACACCGAACCACUUAAAUUGCAUAGAAGAAGUAUUCCUUCUGGAUCAAGCUCCCCCGAGAAGAAAGUGUUGCCGGUACUCCCAAUGCAAGCAGAAGAACUACCAUUCAUCAACGAAGUCAGAUUGGUUGAUUCAUAUGCAGAUUUGGAGAAAACUGGUGAACUGAAACAUAAAAAGAGUCACGACGAAUCGGUUAAACGGUCUUUGAGUACGAUGAGCAAACAUUCUGUAUUAAGAACAAGGGAAAAUUACAAACGAUUUAUAGCCAAUGCCGAGGAUGGCAACUAAUACAUUUAAUUAUUUAUAUAGUUUACAUAGUUUACAUGCAUUUAACAUUUAUU